GCUUUGGCGUUGAUGCCUCGGCUAUUGUUUCACAGCAGCCUCUUCUCAUUAAUCACACUCACCGCGUUUGGUGUAAGUCGUAGGUGUCGGUAACGGCCUGUGCGUGAUCCCAGGUUCAGUCUCACGAGCGAUUACUUCGAUAAGCGCGCGGCGACAGCUUCGGGCAUUGUCGUCGCCGGUGCCGGGGUCGGCGGCCUCGUCCUGCCGCUCAUCACUAACGCACUCGUCGCUGAGUACACUUACACGGGCGCCAGCCUCAUCAAUGGCGCCAUCGUGCUGCACUCGGUCGCAUGUGCUGCCCUCCUGCGGCCGCUGCCGACCCGCGCUGCAACACGAACCGACGCUGGCGUGACCUUCACGCGCGUAGAGACGGCGCCAAGCGCAGACGAUCUCACCGCGGUAGCAGACGUCGUCGCUAAGCAACAGCCGCGCCACGCGUUCAGGUGGUCGGCGCUCGCCGACGCGCGUUUCUGGGUGUUCACUCUCUGUAUGUGUCUGCUCAACUUCGGUUUAUUCAACAUCGCCGUCUACCUGCCGAUCAAGAGCAUCGAGAUUGGAGGCGAGGACGCAAACACAGCCCUCGCUGUCAGCUUGUCCAGCGCCACUGACACGCUGGCGCGCAUCCUUCUCUGCACGGUACUGUGGGACAGCAAGCGCUUCCGCGGAAUCUACACCCGCCAGAUGGGGUUCGUGAUUGCCAUGGCGGGCGCUGGAGUGCUGAUGUCGCUGGCGGCGGUCGUGGAUCAACAAUGGUCAUUUCUCGUGUGGAGCGCCGCGACGGGGUUUUUCAUCGGAGGCGCGCUGUCACCGACGUUCGUUAUGAUGAAGCAGAUAGCGGGAGCCGACGCGUUCGCCGACUCGCUGGCGGUCGACUUCCUGCUGGAGGGUCCCGUCACCUUCGUGGCGCCCAUCUUGUUAGAGAACUAUGGAUACACAGAGUGGAAGGAACCUUUUCUCAGAGCCAUGAAAGUGUUAUCGCAUGUAAUACACUGGAAUUAUAAUUUAGUGACCUAG